GCAUUCUAGUGUUUAAUGAGUAGAAAGGCCACCGGCACGUGCGAUACAUGGAUUGGUUGUUGUCGUGGAUAAAUUGCAGUGUACAUGUUCCAUUUAGUGAUUUACAAUUUUGAUACGUAAACAUUUAGUGCAUAGAGAAACUGACGCUUAUCGAUUUUGUAGAUGUGGCGCAUUGGUAUCAUCUGUUUACUGUUGGGAUUUUCAAGUACAGCGAGUCCUGACAAAAAACUCAGCAAAUAUGUAACUACACUGAUAAAUGCUAAUUGGAGGGAUACCCCAAUUAUUUUAGAAGCAGCUGAGUAUCUCAACGAUAAGAAUGCCAAUUAUUUUUGGAAAUUCGUAGAUACGAUAUCUCAAGACGACAAGUCCAAUUUUGAUACUCACGAGGCAACAGAUAAAGAGACAUACGAUAGGUUGAUUAACAUUACGAGCAAUUUUCUCACGUCAGCAGAAAAUGCUCUUCUCAAAUUAUCGCUGUCCCUCAGGACUUAUUCUGCUCGAAUUGAGAUGUUCUCUCAAAUGGGGGAAAAUCGAAAAACAGAAUCCGUUGGAGAUUGCACAAAUUUUGUCGAUGUUAAUGGAGAGCUUACUUGUGAUUCCAAUAAUGUAGAAAAAUUAUUAAAAUCUUUGGAGUCUAGAAUUGAUGAGGAAGAGGAUGAUGAUGAGGAGAGGACUAUCUAUUCGUUGGAUCAUCAAUAUCCAGUGCCACUGUCAGGACAAUCAGAAUCCAAGAAAAAAUCAAUAGUAAAUAGUAAUUAUGUGAUUCUUUAUGGUCAAAUUGGAUCUGUUGGCUUCAGCGAUUUCCACCUCAAACUGAAAAGUCUAGCUGAUGCUAAAGAAAUCAGCUACAUCCUGCGACACUAUGUCAAGGAUCGGCCAAAACAUCAUCUGAGAUUAGCAGGAUAUGGAGUUGAACUUCAAAUGAAAUCAACUGAGUACAAAGCAACUGAUGAUUCGGAUAUCAAAGAUAAUUCUGGUAAAGAAGAGUAUGAGAAUGAAGGAGUAGAAGAAAUAAAUGGGAUUAACUUUGGGGUAUUGAGGAGUCUCUAUCCGGACAAACGCGGAGAGCUCGAUGAAUUUGAGAAGCAUCUUCUGGAGACGAGUGAUGAAAUCGGUGCUUUGAAAGUGUGGCAGUUCCAGGAAUUGAGUCAUCAAGCAGCCGAGAGAAUCAUGAAAUCUCCAUCGCUGGAAGCCAUUAAAGUACUCACAGAUAUUGCCCAAAAUUUUCCAACCCAGGCGAAAUCAUUAAUUCGAACUAAAGUAACGAAUGAAAUGAAGAAAGAAAUAAAGAGAAAUCAGGAGUUAUUUUUUGGAAAAUUGCAUAUUCAACCAACGGAUACAGCAUUAUUCAUAAAUGGUCUUUUCUUUGAUUUGGAUGCAAUUGAUAUUCUGGGAUUAUUAGAAACCCUUCGUGCGGAGCUCACAGUGAUGGAGACACUCCAUAAAAUUGGUGUGAGUAAUAGUAAAAUGGAAAAGCUUUUGGCCUUAGAUCUUGCUGGGUCUGAAACCUCGGAUAAUAGUCAGGAUUUUGCUAUUGAUAUCAGAGACUCUGCUAUCAUUUGGGUGAACGAUUUGGAGAGUGAUUCACGUUAUAAUCGAUGGUCUCCGAGCUUAACAUCAUUAUUGCGUCCAACGUUUCCCGGAAUGCUCAGAAAUAUUCGCAGAAAUUUGUACAAUUUGAUUCUCGUCGUUGAUCCACUGAGUCCUCUUUCUAGACCUCUCAUAACAACUGCAGAAACACUCUAUGCACAUUCAGCCCCCAUCAGAGUCGGAUUUGUUUUCAAUACAAAUUUUGAUACAUCCUUGACAGGUCAAAAUGAUCCUAGCAUCGCUGUGAAUAAUGCUUUUCAUUAUUUAUUAGAGAGUAAAGGACCCAAGGAAGCUGUUUACUUUCUCUCAGUUUUGUUGAAAGAUGUUGAAAAAAGAAAAUCAUCUGAUGGCAAUGACAAAAAUAAUGAAAACGAUCUGCAAGUUGCUGAUGUUGUGAAAGCCUUGAGAUCUAGAGAUCCCUCGGCAAAUGUUUAUUACAUUUUGGGUGAAGAGUCUGAGUACGACGUUGGAAGGCAUUUGGCAAAUGAUUUUAUAAGAAGAACUGGUUUCAAAAAUUUCCCUCAGGCGUUAUUGAAUGGUGUUCCACUGGAAGGUGUUUCCAGUAUAGUUGAGGCCGAGUCCCUCGAGGAAAUUGUUUUAUCCAUGAUUUAUUCCCAAACAUCAAUGCUGCAAAAGGCUGUUUAUAAAGGUGAAGUCACUGAAGGGGAUGACAUUGUUGAUUUCAUGAUGAAUCAACCCAAUAUUAUGCCAAGAUUGAAUGAGAGAAUUCUUAAAAAUGAUAAAACUCAGUGGUUAAAUUUGGUGGGAGAAGUUCCGAGCACGCAGGACGUGUCUACAUGGAGUCCUGAGGAUACUUCAGCUUGGAUAAUUAAAAAUUCAAAUUAUUUGUACAUGCCGAGAAGAAAGAAAUCUCAACAUCUAUACACUUACUGGAUUGUCACGAAUUUAGAGCAUCCGGACGGCAGACUGUUACUCCGAGAAGCUUUGGAGUACCUCCAGUCUAACGCAGACGUCAGAUUAGGGGUCAUUAUUAACAGUAAUAGUCACCAAUAUGAUGAUAAGAUUGGUAUGAAUCAAAUUGUCCUGUCGGCAUUGAACACUGACUAUCCAACUGAAAAUCAUGAUAAAAUCAUUCAUUAUAUCCAAGAAAUUCUAAAGGAGGAAAAUGGAGUUCUAAUUGAAAAGGGGGAGUUCGAUCGUAAUGCAUACCGUGAGCAGAUUGGAGUGGAUUUUGAUGAGAAUCCGCUGAAUUAUGAAUUUAGCCUAAAAGUUCACAAGCAUUUUGCAAAUAUUGCUCUGAGGAUGGACGAAUCCUCGACAACACAACGAGCUGUGAUAUGCAAUGGGAAAGUCAUUGGACCUUUGGAUGAUGAUGAAACAUUUUCCAGUCAAGAUUUUGCUCUCUUAGAGCGUUUCAGUCACAGUACCUACGGUGAGAAAUUGAUCACAAAUUUGGAGAAAAUUCAUGCGAUUGAUGAUGAAGAGGAGAAGGAAAUUUCUGAUGAUGUCAUAAUGGAAAUAGCAUCGCUGCUGGUACCUAGACCACAGACUCGAAGUCGACAUGACGUGAUAGCCAGUGGUGAAGAUCACAGUGUUGUUAAAAUACCGGCUCGUAAUUCUGAUCAAGUUGCUUUCAAUUUAAUUGCCAUUGUGGAUCCAGUCUCUCGUGGUGCUCAGAAAUUGGGCGCUAUUUUGAAUACACUCCAACAGGCUGUUAAUUGUAAUAUCAAAAUAUUUUUGAAUUGCGUUGAUAAAAAUAGCGACAUGCCACUCAAGAAUUUCUAUCGAUUCGUUUUUGAACCUGAACUUCAGUUCAAUACGGAGGGACAACUCGUCGGAGCUAGUGCCAAAUUCAAUAAAUUACCAACGUCAUCACUUUUAACGCAGAAUAUUCAUGCACCGGAUAAUUGGAUGGUUCAAGUCGUCAAGAGUGUUUAUGACUUGGAUAAUAUCAAGUUGGAUAAUGUUGCCAUGGGGGUACACAGUGAAUUCCAACUUGAAUACCUGCUCCUUGAAGGCCACUGUUUCGAAGCUACAAUGGGAAAUCCUCCCAGAGGACUUCAAAUAACUCUCGGAACUGAUACUCAUGCGAUGGUUGACACAAUAGUGAUGGCAAAUCUGGGAUACUUCCAACUAAAAGCAAAUCCUGGCGAGUGGAUUCUUCGCCUUCGCCACGGUAGAUCUGCAGAAAUUUACAACAUAACUUCAGUGGAUGGUCAUGACGUGAUCCAGCAUGGUAAUGCUGUCAGAGUGCUCAUCAAUUCGUUAAAAAGUCAUGUCCUCAAACUGAAAGUUACGAAAAAGUCAGAUAAACUCGAUAUGGAUCUUCUUGCUGAAGACGAUGAAAAAAAAUCGGGCAUUUGGAGUUCAAUCUCGAGGACACUUGGAAGUGAAGAUCCAGAAGACGGUGAAGAAAAAAUAAAUAUAUUUUCCCUGGCAUCCGGUCAUUUAUACGAGAGAUUCUUGAAAAUAAUGAUGCUCAGUGUAUUAAAACAUACGAAGAGUCCAGUGAAGUUUUGGUUCUUGAAGAAUUAUCUUUCUCCAACGUUGAAGGAUUUCUUACCUCACAUGGCCAAGGAAUAUGGAUUCGAAUAUGAAUUGAUUCAGUACAAAUGGCCAAGAUGGCUCCAUCAACAAACGGAAAAACAGAGAACCAUUUGGGGGUACAAAAUUCUCUUCUUGGACGUAUUAUUUCCCCUGGAUGUUAAGAAAAUCAUCUUUGUUGAUGCUGAUCAAGUAGUUAGGGCAGAUCUUAAGGAACUCGUUAAUUUAGAUCUCGAAGGUGCUCCCUACGCUUACACGCCAUUCUGUGAUAGUAGAAAAGAGAUGGAAGGUUUUAGAUUCUGGAAACAGGGAUAUUGGAAAACUCAUCUACAGGGUAGAUCUUAUCACAUCAGUGCUCUUUAUGUUGUUGAUCUCAAACGUUUUCGACGAAUAGCUGCUGGAGAUAGAUUGAGGGGCCAGUAUCAAGCGCUCAGUCCAGAUCCCAACAGUUUAUCAAAUUUAGAUCAGGAUUUACCAAAUAAUAUGAUUCAUCAGGUGGCUAUUAAAACAUUGCCACAGGAGUGGCUUUGGUGUGAAACCUGGUGCAAUGAUGCAUCGAAAAAAUAUGCAAAAACUAUCGAUUUGUGUAAUAAUCCGAUGACUAAGGAAGCAAAGCUUCAAGCAGCAAUGCGAAUCCUUCCAGAAUGGACUGGAUAUGACGAAGAGAUCAAAACGCUACAGCAAACUAUAGAGAAUGAAAACAAACAGACUGAUAAGGAAGACAAAGUCGAUGCAGAUGAUGGGACGAAACACGAGGAGUUGUAAGAGACAUCAAGGUUGUAAUAUUUCGAAAAUUGAGGAAUCAAGAAAGAUUUUCCACAAUUUGCACCAAGAUGGUGAUGCAUAAUUCCCAUAUUCAUAAUGUGAUUACACCAAAGUCACCAAUGCUGCCAUCAUUUCUUUCAGUUAAUUGACAUCAACAGAAGAAAAACAUUUUAAAUAGAAAGCCAAUGUCUGAGUUUUUCAUGUUUCUCGACUAAGUGUAAGAAUUUUGUUAUCAAUUUGAUUGUAGGAAUAUUAAAAUUGCCUCUUUAUCUAUUCAAAGUUGUAAGAACCUUUCGCUUUGUACGAUAACUGCGAUAAUUUACCUUAUAAAUGGCCAAUCAAUUUUGUAAUGUACAUCAGUCCAAUUAACUCGUAGUUGGAGCGGAGAAUUUAAUAAAAGUCAUUAUUUCGAUAUUUUA